CAGCGGUGUUUUAAAUCCACACGUGGUCUGGGUCUUGGGCUUGUUUAGCACAGCAUACACAACUAGAAACUUCUGACGAACUCAUGCAAGCGAGUUGCCCAAGUCUAUCACUGUGGGGGCAGACGGGAACGGACGAAACUUUUGAUAACUCAGCAAAAUGCCCUCUUUCCUCCUCAACGAGUUCGCCGACUUGGAAGACAUGAUGGGCAAGCAAUUACUGAAUCUGGACUUGAGGGGCCAUAACAGACCACUAUCAUCCCUCAGUCUGACCAUGAGAUCCCCAGGAUGCAUUGGACAACCACGCAGCAACUUAUCGUUUUCCCUGACGUCUCUCUCCUGCCCUCCCACUGAUUCUUCCGACAGUGUAUUUCUGACCUCCAGCCAAUGGGGACUAGAGUCAGAAAUCCCUCUGCCAAUGGAGACCGCCAACACCAACCAGUGGGCAAAGCCAGGCUUCCUUGCACAGCGCUCCAUCAGCAUGGUAGAGACCGGCAACACCACAGCGUCAGGUCUAGGCUGGCCCGGGACUGACAUGUUGCAUUCCCCAAGUGACAUCAGCCCCGACGCACUGAAUACCAGCUCCUCCUCUUCCUCCUCAUCCGUUUCCUCUUCCUCAGCGCGCUAUAAGACUGAAAUGUGUCGCUCUUUCAAUGAGAGCGGCUUGUGCAAGUACGGUGGGAAGUGCCAGUUUGCUCACGGGCUAGAUGAGCUGCGUGAUCUUAACAGACAUCCAAAAUACAAAACUGAGCCAUGCCGCACAUUUCACACCGUUGGUUUCUGCCCCUAUGGGAUGCGCUGCCACUUUGUCCAUAACAAUGAGGAAGAAAUGAAUCACUCCGUGUCCCGUUCCUCCUCUUUUUCGUCAUCCUCCUCUUCAAGCAUUCCCCAGCAGCCACCUGGCUCCUUCCGCUCUCACAGGCCUCCUCUUGUCAGACAUAGCUUCAGCUUUCCUGGGUUUGCCUCUGCACCCCAGCCAGCCUUUCAGCCUACCCUUAACGCUCAACGUCCUCCUGCCACAGCUUCCUUCUCACGUGCUCCAUCGGCCUCGCCAACUUCCUGCGCUGGCAUUACUAACCUCCUUUCUCGUGCCUUCCUGGAGAUGGACUCUGCCUUUGAGGCCUCCCCUGUCCACCAGUUCCAACCCCCCAUGGUCCCGGCCCCUACAGCAGAUCCCCAGUCUCCAUUCCUGCCUUCCCCAGACUCUGGCUGUUCUCCAUGUGAGCUGUCUCCGAAUGCCUCCCCUCCCCUGGGGCAGAGUCCAAAUGCUUCAGAGGUGUUUCCGGGGCCACUGGGGGCCCGAAGUCUCUCCUAUACCUCUCUGUCGGACCAAGACCAGGAGCAGGAUAGGAGCAGCUCUGCCAGCUCGAUAAGUGGCUCUGAAUCCUGCGGGGGCAUGCAUGAUGCUAAUGGCAGACGAUUAGCAGUAUUCAGUCAGCUCUCCGUUCCAGAGGAUGCUACUGGAUUCUGCCUUUAGGCUGCAGUGUGCUGUGAACACAAACAUACAUAUUGCAUACACUCAAAUAUGCAGACCCAAGAUACUCUUGAGACACAAUAUAUGCAGUGCACACAUAUCCAUGCUCAAACACACACACGGCCCUCAUUUACAUUGCCACUUCAUUGAAACCUCAGAAGUUCUUUGCACCUACGUGUCUUCAAAGGAAACAAAGACUUAGUGACUGACUCAGAAUGCACGGAGAGAUUCGCCGAUUAGGUUUAAGUGGCUAAAAUGUCACGCUCAUAUCUAUCUGUAAGGCGAGAAGCUAAAGUGAUGCUGAAACUGAAUUGUGUGUUGCCACCAGACAUGGUGCGUAACGAGUCAGAAUUCAAAUAGAGCUGGGAGCGAUCGAUGCUUUACCAAAAUAGUAUAUCGAUACGGCAAAUUGAGACAAAUGUUGUAAUCACAGUGUGAUUGGCCUUUGUGCCGCCUGUUGUUGAGUCCCACCACACAAUGUUUUUAAUACAUUUUGACAUCAUCAGUGAUUCUCUAAAAAAUGUAA